GAGACCAUCAGAGAUUAGAAGUCUCCAGCCUGUCGCCUACUCGUUUUAUAAUCACAAAAGAUCUGUCAGAUCCAGUGGGUAGGUCUCAACUUCAGGAGGAAGUGUUGUCUCUCAUCCAAAAAGGGCUAUUAGUUCUGGUUCCGCUAGAGGAGUUGGGACAGUUUUUAAUAAAUAAAACAAACAAGAUGUUCAGAGUGAUAAUAAACUAAUCUUAAAACCUUUAAACCAAUAUCUCAAGUACAAUCGCUUCAAGGUGGCUUCAGGUUUCCUUCUGGUGGCCAAAUCAGAGAAAAGGUACAGAUUUUUCGGGAUCGCACUGUGGACAUUCUAGGGAAAUUAGGUUGGUUAAUAAAUUGGGAGUCUUCUCCGUACCUUACCCAGCAAAAGAUUUUUUUUGGGAUUCAGAGAUAAUUUCCCUAGUAAAUGAAGUUUCCAGUUCUCCCUGUCUCUCUAUUUGGAAGGGCAUGUCAAUUUUAGGGCUCUCCACAGCAGUUCCCUGGGCGCAGAUUCAGUCCCGAGAGUUGCAAAUUGAACUUUAGAGCCAUUGGAAUUUGUCUCAGGUUGAUUUGGAUUGGAAGACAGUUCUGUCCCCUAAAGUAGUGGCCUCUUUAAGUUGGUGGUUAGUAGGGUAUAAUCUUACUAGAGGGUUGGAUUGGAGGUUUCCUCUUCCUUUAGUGAUUACUACAUGUGGGUGACAGAGAUCUUCAAGGAGCUUGGGAGUCAGAAGUUCAGGAUAGAUCUUCUAACUACAAAGAGUUACUAGCAGUUUUUUGUACCCUUCAGUCCUUGAGGCUCUUGAAUAGGGGUAGAAAUGUUAAGAUCCUGUCUGAUAAUACUACUGCUGUGUCUGUGAUCAAUAGACAGGAAACCACGAGAAGUAUUGGUUUAAUGUCAUCUUUUCAGAUGCUAUUGGUAAAUAAAUCAAUGAAUUUCUACCAUCUUGACUGAGUUUAAUAUCAAGUUGAUUCUUAAAAGACAAUGAAACAAUUACACUUUGCUUUGUCAUGAGGACGUUUGCUUUUCUUACAAAAUAUACUCCAAGUUUUGCUUAUGAGUGUAAUACACCUAUGUCAUCACGCCGUGCCAAGAACCAUAUGGAAUGAAGAUAAGAAGACCAUACAAUGUAGAUUUUUUUUUUUUAUCUCCGGAUUGCCGGAACUAUGUUACAAUGGACAAUUUACACUAUAAAAUACAGUGCUGUUAUCUGAUGAAAUUGCAUAUGCCGGUAGAAUAUGUGGGAGAUGCUAUGUAUAUGCAUAUUUCAUUGACACCGAGGAGGCAGGUAAGGGCCCUCCCGGUGUCCUGUAAGCUGUUCGGACGCCGCGGUGAAAUCACCAUGGCUGUCCCAAACAGCCCGACUGAGCAGCCGGGAUCCUUUCACUUCAGACGCGGCUGUCAGCUUUGAAGGGUGAUGUCCUGUAUUAGCCAUGCGUCUCGGCCGUUGAUAGCCGCCGGGACUGACCCGAUAUGACGCAUAUCGUGGGAGCUGGCGAAGGACGUAAAUAUACGUCCUUUGUCGUUAAGGGGUUAAGGACCAAGCCCAUUUUCUCCUUAAAGGGGUACUUCGGCCCUAAGACAUCUUAUCCCCUAUCCAAAGGAUAGGGGAUAAGAUGUCUGAUCACGGGGGUCCUGCCGCUGGGGACCCUCGCAAUCUUUCAUUCUGCACCUACAUUUGUGAGCUCUCCGCAGUGCUGAAGGCUCCAAGUGUGAAGCGUUAACGACCAUGGGGCCGGAGUAUCGUGACGUCACAACUCCGCCCCCGUGUGACACCACGCCCCGCCCCCUCAAUGCAAAUCUAUCGGAGGGGGCAUGACGAUCAGACAUCUUAUUCUCUAUCCUUUGGAUAGGGGAUAAGAUGUCUUAGGGUAGGAGUACGCCUAUAAGGACCAGAGCAUUUUUUGCAAAUCUGACCACUGUCACUUUAAACAUUAAUAACUCUGGGAUGCUUUUACUUUUCAUUCUUAUUCAGAGAUUGUUUUUUCGUGACAUAUUCUACUUUAUGAAAGCAACAAGUAAUGCCGCUCACCCCUUCAAACAAAUCCGGAGCACCUGCGCAAGGACACACCGGUCCCGCCCUUGGCUUUGUACAAUAGUAGAAAGAAGAAUUGUCCAGCGCUGGGUUUGCAGUGUACAGCGUCAUCGACAAUAAGUCUGUGAUUCCUUUCUGCUUUACAAUGACCACCUAUGAUCUUACGUGUUUCUGGGAAAGCAACAGACCAGACGCCUCCAGCUAUAUAUUUUACUAUAAAGAUCAGACUGAAACCUGCAAGUUAACAACAGUGACAGCGUCGAAUGGCACCUGGUGGCACGUAUGCCAGUUUCCAGAAAACCACGUAGAUUUAUAUGCCAUGCAUCCUGAGCACAUCACCGUGGUAGAUACUCGGGACAACAACAUCUUUAGCCGAGACUGUAAAACAGAGCAUGUUGUUUACGUGGAGCCCAUUAGAGACAUCACAGUAAAAGAGCAGCUGAAGCCGCGGGGGCUGCUGAUCAUCCUGAAUGACACUUCUAAUGAUCAGAUGUCUAAUUCCAUGACGUAUGAAGUGAGAUACACAAGUGAGGAGAACAACCUGGAGAAAACAGAGACAUUCCCAAUGGUGGCAGCACAGAAGGGCUAUGUGAAGCUGUUCCUGGAUGGUAUUGUUAGAGGGGCUGAGUACUCGCUCAGUAUCAGAGUGAAGGCGGACGGGUUAUUAGACGGAUACUGGAGUCAGUGGUCGGAGGUUCAUGUCAGAACAUCAGAUGCUGUGGACGUCCUUCAUGUUAUACUAUAUGUGACCGGGGGCCUCAUCCUCAUCGCGGCCAUCAUCAUAUGGAUCACAUGUCAGAAGAGGUUCCUCCAGAAGAAGGUGUGGCCAAAAAUCCCAAGUCCAGAACAUCACUUCAAGGAGCUGUAUACAACUCAUAAAGGAAAUUUUAAGCUGUGGUUAGAUCAGACGGACCUUACAUGGAUCUCUAGGAAUUUUUUUCAUGACUGUCCGAUCUCUACACUAGAAAUCCUCUCAGAACUCCCCAAUGCGAUGCCCCCUCCUCCACCUACUGCACAACUGCUGCCCAAAGACAGCUACGUGGCCCUAGAUGACACUUUUUUGCCCCACUUCUCAGCAUGGUUGGGAGCUGAGAGACAAAUAAAUGUCCAGAUGGAGCUACAGAGACCAACAGAGGCUCCUAGUCAGGAGAAGACCUCCCGGAAUGAGGGAAGAGCACAGGACGCGGUGAGGGAGACAACCAUUGAGGAGGUCCCAUCUGUGGAGGAGAGCGGGGGCGAUCCUACCGGGCAGAAGCCUGGCUCUCUAACUAUCCUGAGAGAGGACUCCCUCAACUCAGAAGAAGGGAAGCAGAGUCCAGGAUCCAGCUUUGAGUACACAGUUUUAGAGACGUGUGAUGGGCUCCUAUCCCCUAGGACAAGUUCGAUCCCUCCACGACAACCUCUUAAGUAUGCUUACCUACUCAUGUCCGAAUUGGGGCCCGAAAGCCCUCCACCAUCUCCAGUCAUUUACCAGAACAGCAUCUGUGCCCAGUUACCAGCCCAUAUCUACUCACAAUGCUGAUGUUUAUGCUUCUCAAUGAGAAGAAGCAGGGCUCAAGUCCUGCAUGGGAACUGAGUUCCUGCACUUUUUUUUAAUUUUUUUAUAUAGCAGGAACACCAUUCCCAUUAGCAGGAGUCCUGCAGGACCAACCCUUGAGUGGAGAUCUUGUAUGAGUUCCCUCACUUUUUUUUUUUUUGAAGGACUUGACCCCUGAGAAGAAGGACUGCGGGCAGUAAGGAACUGCACUAGAACGAGAAUCAUGUGUGAUUUGUGGCCGUACUACAUGGAUUGUAGGUAUCAUAACACUAGUCUGUAAAAGUAGAGCAAUGGACACCUCACCUAAUGGAAAACUCUAGUCAGAUUGGAGAACUCGGCCUCACACAGUGUUCAUCGGUCUACCCUCUACAGCAGUGUCUCUGUAUAUAUACGUGUCCAGUGUAUAUCUUUGUAUAUAGCCAUGUUUGUACGACCUCCCCAUCCCCCCACCACUGGAUACAAUCUUUUUUUUUUUUUUGAUAAGUCGCUGUAAAUACUUUUUAUAUUUUUUUGUAAAAACUUUUUUGUA